CGAGGGGGGCUUAUUCGAGGAUUUACGGUAUUUAAUGACGGCACAGUGUUUGAGUCACGAGGAAAAAUGCAUGUGAUCACUUUACGAGACGGUUGAGACAAAGCUAUGGCUGAUAAUCUGAAUGUGAAACUUUCGCGUGACCACUUUCAAAAAUGAUCCAAAAUACGCAUUUCUCAACGGCUGACUAUUCUAAGAUAUCCUCUACAAAAAGAUCCCCUUUUUACACUUUUGUUUUGUUUUACUUUAUUUACUGUAUCAAUUAAUCAAUUACAAAUUUAAAAAUGGAAUCAGUCAAUUCUGAUUUCGGAUUUAAAGGUAUUUAAAAUGACGGGUACAUAGAAGAUUCGUUUUUAACCACUGCAAGUCUACUUUCAGUUUUUAUCAUUCUAAACAUGCUUGGUUUCUGUUUAUCUUUCUAUCAAGCACUUUCUAUUUUGCCAGCAAAUUCUAUAUCAAACAAAGUUGGUUUGAAAACAUUGGUUCUCUGUGCUGUGAAACCGGAUGCCAUAAUGAAGAAUUUUAACAGCAAGUCAAUUUUAGAACAGGUUUCGAUAAAGAUCGUUAAAAAUUCGACAGAUGUCUUUUGACCAAACCCUUUGCGAAAUUGCUCGAUGAGUACACACCUGGUUUAGUUCUUUAUCCAUAAAUGAGUGGAAACGAGGCUUAACAAUAACAUUUAGCAUCCAUUCCUUUGUCUUUGAGAAAACCCAAUGGAAAGCGAAUGCUUCUUAAUGGCUUCCUUGUUUAGCGAAUAACUCGAAAAUGCUCGUGGCCAGGCAGUUAAGUUGCAAUUAAUGAACUGUGUACGAUUUAAGUGUGGUUCUUAAACUAAUAAUGUAAUUACUCCGUCCUUAUAGAUCUUACCUGUUGUAAAAUUCAAUCGGAAUAAAGCUGUAUUCGGGGUUUCCUGUCAAAUCAUGAAAAUGCGUGGAGGAAGCAUUUCAUCGUGUUUGUCAAGAUCCAACAGUUCUGAUUCCGAGUUAAACCUCAAGUUGUUUGCCACAAGCACACCGCCACGGCCAAAUCGCGACACGCCACGGACAACCAGUGAAAGCUCACAAUACAGCCUCGCUGCAAAGAGGGGCUUGUCUACAUCAAUGGAUUCAUGUUGCAGAAUUUGCCAUGAUGGGGAUAACGAGGAGAAACUUAUGACUGCGUGUAAAUGUCUCGGCUCGAUCAAGCACGUGCACCACGCGUGUCUGUUGAACUGGGUUUCGCGCUCUGGAGAUCUUACGUGUGAAAUCUGCAAACACAAUUACACUGUUACAAGGUCGCGCAGAAAAACAUUCACAGAGUGGCGAUUUCCGGGAAUUGGAAUCCAGGGCUGGCUUCAUCUUGUCUUGUUCUUUGCGUUCUUUGCAAUGCUCGUGACGUCAGUAACAUGGAUCGUUUGGUCCCAGACCUCCAAAUCGUCAGCAGCUGUGUUUGAGAGAACGUCAACUGAGAUCAAGUAUGCCUACAUGUUAAAUGGUAUAUUCAUUUUUACUGCGGUUAUCGGAAUUAUUUUAGACAGUUGCCGACAAGGUAAAAAGUACUUUCAAAGAGUGCUUGCGUUAAACCAAGAAAUUUUCAUUCAAGAAUACGUCGAAAAGAAAGAUGAAAGUCUGUUAAAAAAGAGCUGUAAAGGAAUGUCAACUACCCAAUCAAAAUUGACUUUGAAUUCUUUAAGAGGCAAUGACAAAUCGCUUUCUGUAAACUGUCGCCUACUCAGCGAUCAAGACGGAGGUAGUUCUGAUCUGCAGAGCCAGGAAGAGAAUCAGUCCGAUUUGAUUGGCGAGUCUGUUUUCGUGGAAAUUGACAUCGAUGAUGACACUAAUAGCUACAUUUUUAGGAAUUCCAUGGACCAAAGAAUGGAAUAUGUGAAAGAUUUUAAAUGUCUGCAAAAUCUGGCUGAAACAUGCAUAUAAUAUUAACAAAAAAGGUGCUGCUGCGCUGCCUUGAAAUACAAAAUUUGCAAAACAGCUGUUUUAGAUGGUCGAUGAAAAUGUAAAAAAAUAUUUUCUGUCCUCUAUAAUGAUAAAAAAUAUUUAUUGAAAUAUUCCUGAAUAAUUCAAUAACAGUUUAGUUCUCAGUUUUAUUGAUGUUAAUAUCAUAACUCUACGUUAAUUGGUUGAAAACAAUUCCUAAUUUGCAGUGCUAAUCGUUGUUGCCUGAAAACCAUUGCUAAUGCCACCAGGGAUUAAGAUUGUCCCCAAAGACUGGUCUUUUGCCUCUGGCAGGUCCCUAGAGAAACGAAAGUACCAGGCGUGUUAUUGCUUCUGAUUGGGAACAAAAAUUUAUUCUUCUAUAGUAAAAUCUUUGUCUCUGACUGCCAAGUAAUGCCAAGCAGGGGCGUUAAAAU